CGUCAUUCUUGUGAAAGAAGGACCGAGUGAGAGAGAGAGCGGAGCGGCGCUGCACAUUCCUUGAGAAAGAAUUCGUCGCUUUUCUUCUCUUCCACCCGGCUUGCAACAAAGUAGCUUCUCCGCUGCGCUUAGUUCAGAUGCUACAAGGAGGCUAUCUUGGUUUUGCAGGGAAGUUGGGAUAAGGUGUAACCCCCAUUGUGGAAAGCGGGAGUUUUCCUCUUUUCUGGUUGCAUGUUUAAUAGUGCGGUUUGGGAUUGUAAGUGAGGUUGAAAUACCGCUCUGAAUCAUAUUUUUUCACCCCCUUUUUAAUUUUGCGAUCAUGGGCACGCAGAGGAGACGGACUAUAAACUUGUACGGGUGGGCAGUGAUCAUAGUUGCGGUUUUGAAUCAGCGUUGCUGUCAUGGAAGUUGUACGGAGAAAGAGCUGGAGAAACGGGAAGAGGAGGCGAACAUCGUUCUCACCGGAACCGUGGAGGAAAUCAUGAACAUGGACCCGGUGCACAACACGUACUCGUGCAAGGUGCGGGUGUGGCGCUACCUGAAGGGCAGGUCCAUGGUGAACGGCGAGGUGCUGCUGGACGGCGGGAACAAGGUGAUGAUCGGGGGCUUCGGCGACCCGGGCAUCUGCGACAACCAGGUGGCGACGGGCGACACGCGCAUCUUCUUCGUCAACCUGGCGCCGCAGUACGCCUGGCCCGCCCACCGGAACGAGCUGAUGCUCAACUCCAGCCUGAUGAGGAUCACCCUGCGCAACCUGGAGGAGGUGGAGCACUGCGUCGAAGAUCAUAAAAUGAUCAAUGCAGACAAGCCUGUGCACUUCACCCCGGCCCAGGCUCCUGAUGGCUGCCGCGGGAUGCUGUGCGGCUUCGGGGCGGUGUGCGAGCGGGCCCCUGGGGACCCCUCCCGGGGCGCGUGCGUGUGCAAGAAGACGGCCUGCCCCUCCAUGGUGGCCCCCGUGUGCGGCUCCGACGACUCCACCUACUCCAACGAGUGCGAGCUGGAGAAGGCGCAGUGCGUCACGCAGCGGCGCCUGAGGGUGGUGCGCAAGGGGCCCUGCGGCCUCCCGGCCCGGCGGGGGAAAUCGAUGGCGGAGAUCGAUCGGGCGAGCGGCCGUGGACAGGGUCAGAAAUCGCGCAAGAACCAGCACACCGCUCUCAACCUGAAGGAGUCCCUGUUUGUGGGCGGAGCCCCGGACUUCAGCAAGCUCGCCAGGGCGGCCUCGCUGAAGGACGGCUUCAAGGGGGCCAUACAGAAGAUCACUCUCAUGGGCACCCCCAUCCUCAAACGAGAGAACGCUCUGCGCUCCAGCGACGUGUCCAUGUUCCCCCACCACCCCUGCACCCGGGACGUCCCGCACAACAUCUGCCAGCACGGGGGCCUCUGCACCCCGAUCCUGGACGGCUACGAGUGCGUCUGCCAGCAUGGCUUCUCUGGGUCAAACUGUCAAAACGCCAUCAUUGAGAAGUCCGCGGGAGAGAUGGAGUCCAUCGCCUUCGACGGCCGGACGUUCAUCGAAUAUCACAACGCCGUCACCAAGAGUCAACUGAACAAUGAGCUCCCAGAUCCCGAAUCUCUGGAGAACCCAUCAGAAGAGAGCGAGAAGGCGCUGCUGGUCAACAAGUUCGAGCUGAGCAUCAGGACGGAGGCGACGCACGGCCUGAUCCUGUGGAGCGGGAAGGGCGCGGAGCGCUCCGACUACAUCGCCCUGGCCGUGGUGGACGGCCGCGUGCAGAUGACCUACGACCUGGGCUCCAAGCCCGUGGUGCUGCAGUCGUCCGUGCGCGUCAACACCAACAGCUGGGUCCGCGUCAAAGCCAGCAGGGCUCUGAGAGAUGGUUCCUUGCAGGUCGGUAAUGAGGCAGCCGUCACUGGUUCGUCACCCCUUGCAGCCACACAGCUGGACACAGACGGGGCCCUCUGGUUGGGUGGCCUGGAGGAAUCGUCGGUGGCGCGCAGACUGCCGAAGGCGUACAGCACGGGUUUCGUGGGCUGCGUGAAGGACGUGACCGUGGACGGCGUGGAGCUACACCUGGUGGAGGACGCCUUAAACAAUCCCACAAUACUACACUGUUCCGCCAAAUAGCCUGGAGCCGCCUACCCACCAACCCACCAUGUCUACUGCUGUAAUUAUUUUCUAUUUUUGUAUACUUUUCAUUGCUUUUUGUAUUGAAAAAUACAUUGUUGGGUUUUUUUUUUUGUUUGUUUUGUUUUGUUUUAUAUAUUUUGUUUUGUUUUUUGUUUUUUUCACCCAUCCCUCCUGACAUGAAAUCCUUCUCCAAAUGUAUAACACAUGGUGUCGAGAAACAAACAAAAAAAAAAAACGUCAUGUACAUUAUUUUCGUCGUCUUCAAGAAAACCAUGCUCAUUACUUGAAUUGUGGCGAAAGACAUUGGUGCCGGUGUCGUCCAUUUUGCCUUCGCCUGGUGCCAUAGGUUCUUUCGGCUUCUGUGACCACAGCCUCCACGUACUACACUGUGAGCAGGUGCUGCAGAAGAGAUAUCAAAACUCCACUUUGAGAUCAUGCGCUGCAGACUAAUGUUUCGACCUCAACUUCGCAGCAAGAAAAUAAGGCAUCACUUAGUAACAGUCUUAGAAGUGUUUUUUUUGGGAUUUGUGUUCCCCAGAGGAAAGGACAAAGAGGUACCUUAGCUGUAGCAGAAGACUGAGCUUUCUUGCAAUGGAUGCCCCCAUGACAUACGUACCCACACACCACGUAUAGCGAUCACGCCCCUCCUAUUUAUCCGCAUAAUUUAACUUAUAAAUAUCUAUAAAUACAGUAUAUAUUUUUAUGCGUCUUUUGAAUCCAGUGCGUUAUAGAUCUUUAAAGCUAAAAUGGAAACCAUUCCAGCAAGAAUCUGUUAAAGGAAUUACAUAUCAGAAAAUAUGCAUUCAUCUUCUAUUCAUCAUUUUGCAAUUAAAAAAAAAAAAUGUAUUGACUAUAAUGAAAAUACCUGAAACUGUGAACAGGUUACGUGCCGUUUGUUUUAGGAACUUCGUCGCUGAUAUUUUGCGUGUUAUGUUUUACAAAUAGGGGGGAAAAAAUCAGAUACAGUACUGAUCACUUGUUGCAUGCUGCUCUUAGAAUUCAUGUUAAUUGGGUCUUGAUUUUCUUUCUCUGAAUAGUGCAGUUUCAAAUUGUCUUUUUUUUCUGAGAAAAUAUGUAACUAUGUGGUGGCAUACAUUUCAAAGGAAACAUUGUGUAUUUUUAAAUAUUUGAAAUUUAUGGCAUUUUAUCUGCAUGCCUGACACCAUAUUCAAGCAAGGAGACAUUGUUUUUCUUAUUUCUAUUUUUCUUAACGUUUGGUUUUUUAUUUUUCAUUAAAUUGUGCCAAAAGUUAUUAUACCCUCACACCACAAGGAGGUGCUGUAGCACAGUUUGAAGAGGAAAGAAAUGAGAGGAAGAAACUGUGAUGUUCAGAACUUCAGAAGGGGAAAAAAAAGAAUAGGAAUGAGAUACUGACAAUGUUGGAUUGGUCACAGUUGCCACAUUUUUUAAAACUGUCCACAUUUUUUAAAUUUAUUUAUGAGACAUCUGAAUUUUAAAAGCACUCUCUUUAGAAGUAAAGUGAGGUUUCACUAUAGCUAGACUCCUUGCAUCCUCCAAUCUGGGCCCUAAAAACAGUGUGAAUAUAGUCAAACUGAUAAUGAUUACAACACAAUAAAAUAACAAUGCAUGGGUUUGUAUUGUGGAGAUGAUGAUUUUAUAACUUGUAUGAAUAUAAAUGCAAUGGAAUGUGUUCUGUUGGCCCAAAGUGUGCUAUAUGACUGAAAUACGCAUUCAGGUUGAUUUUCAAAGUAAUAUUCUAACCGUGAAAGACAAAAAAAAAAAGACACAUGCUUGUAUGUAGUAGAAUCAAUGGUCCUGUAAAGGGUAUUCAUGUUUUAUUAUGAAGUAUAUUUUUUAUUUCCCCCCCACGAGAGAUCAUUUUGUACAGCCCAAUUUGAAGUGUAAAUUAGCAAUGUGUAAUUGUGGAGGUCUUUUUUUUUUAGUAUUAUACACUGGAACAAAGUCUAACUUGUCCUGGAGAAUACACUUAAGCUUACUCUUACUUUAAUGUUUCUAUGUCUCAGUGGAGGGGGGAGGGAUAAAAUAUAUUUAUGUAUCUAUAUUUUGAGUGUUAUUGGGGGGGGGGGGGGGUGUUCUCAUUUGCCAGUCUAAUGUUAGCCAAGGAGCCUGUCACUACCCCGGCACUCACCUGUACACACGUACACUUAAAAAAAAUCAGCAUUACAGGCUAGAAAAUGUAGCUAAACCUAAUUUAAUUAUUUUUUACACAUAUUUUUUUUUUUGUUUUUUUUGUUUUUUCCUCUCGUUGUGACUGAAAUAGCUGUGCAUAAAUUGACAUUUCUAUGUGCGUUUUUGAAGGCUAUUUGGAUCUGAUGACAAAUCAGCAAAACCACUUGGGUUUGCGAAAAGAACCAGACAAGAAUAGAGACAAAACGAGCAACAACAACAAAAUAAAAACAAUGUCUGGAUGAAAAACUAAAGAAUUUGCCUUAAAACCUACAGAUCACCAGACACGGGCGACAGUUGUGCCCACACAUGUCUGUGCUCUUACUUUAGACUGUAUAUUGGUUUCAUUCACAUAAUGUAAAAUAAUACAUAAUGGUAAUAUUUAUGUUAAUAAUGAAUAAGCUCAGAGUGUCUGUGAGGUCACCCUUGUGGACAAAGACAGAAUGCCACACUUUUUUUUCUUCUCUCUUCCUAAUUUGUGUCUCCCAGUGGAUUUCCCUGCCUGGCCUUUGUACAUGUAAACUAAUAGCGAUUGAAACGUACCUGAAGGACAGUGCACAGGACAAAUGUGGCAUGACAUCUCCAUUACUAACUUUAUUACUUGUGUCUUGUGUUCCAACCACCAUGAAAUAAAAUGUAAAGAAAUCCA